CAUCCCCAUCCCCAAUCUCAUCUCCACCCCCGAUCAUCUCCCGUUCUUUGUCUCCUUUAAUACCCUUGGCUCGCCUCGUCACGACGCCCGCGCUUCUGAUAAGUCUACCUGUUAAACACUCAGUAUUGCGCUGUGUCGGUAGCUGCACCCGCUCGGAAACCCAUCAUCAUCCCAGCGCACACGAUUUAGCAAGCGAUUACGAGCGUAUCGAUCGGGAACGUGCCACUCGGCUUGCCGCUCCAUCGUCUCCCGUCCUUGGGUCGACGUCGGCUAUCCCAGCUGCUCUUCGCGGGCCGCAAUGGCACCCGUCGAGAGUCCGGCCGCGACGGCGACGUCAACAGAGCCCUUUCCCGCCAUCGAAGGCCCUACUCCCGGGUCACUCGCUCAGACAUCGAGCGCCGACGAUGGCCGGAGCACGACGACAAACCGCCCUGCCGCCUCAUCAUCGCUCAGCGGGCGCCUUCGUCGCGCGUCCGUCACCUUCAGUCAAUCGGAACUGCCUGAAGGCUUCUUUGCUGCCGCCGGCGGCAUUGCCUCAUCCGUCUUCUCGCGCCAGAAUGUACCCCGGCCUGGCUCUUCGGCGCCCAGCUCCCCCGUCGUCCAGUCGCCGGAAGCGCGCCAAACUGUGCCGGAGCCAUCCAACAACAUCCCCUCUGUCGCAGAAGAAGCAGGUUCUCGUGAGCCCAAGGCGGAUGGCAGCUCGUCAUCACAGACGACAUCUAUGCCUGUCGAUGUGCCACCCGCCGCGGCUCCCUUCCCUAACGGAUACCAUUUCCCGCCGAAACACUCGUUUGGCCAGUCCAUGAAGCUCGGAUCCAUCGCCUUUUGGCACUACUUCCUGACACCACUGGGAUUCGUCGUCACCAUAUAUGGUCUGAAUGUGGUUGCUUGGGGCGGCAUGCUCUUCCUCCUGCUGUGCAAUGCCUCCCCAGCCAUGUGCAAUCCGACAUGCGAUGAUAUCAACUCUCCCCGGCGAAUAUGGAUCGAGAUCGAUUCGCAGAUCCUCAACGCUCUCUUCUGCGUGACGGGCUUCGGGCUCGCGCCGUGGCGGUUCAGAGAUUUAUAUUUUUUGCUUCGCUAUCGACUGCAGCACAAGGAAGAAGCCCUUCGCAGGCUCGCGGGGAUCCACAGAGGGUGGUUUCGGCUCGAGGGCUCUACAUCCCUGCCCGUCAAUAUCGGCCCAAGGAAUGUCGACCAGCUCCUGGCGCAGGGCGCGCCGCGUUCCGCUUUACCUUUCCCAGAGACGAAAAUUCCCGAAGCGCCUUUGACUGGAGUUCGAGCGCCGCCGACUAAGCUGUGGAAGCUGGAUCUUGUCAUAUGGCUCAUGGUGUGGAAUACGUUCCUGCAGUGUGUUCUAUCGGGGUUCAUGUGGGGGCUGAACCGAUACGACCGCCCGAGUUGGUCGACAGGCCUGUUUGUCGCGCUUGCCUGCAUUGUUGCGGCUAUCGGAGGCUUGAUUAUGUUUCUUGAGGGAAAGUAUGCCAAAGGUAUCGAAGGCGUGCCCGUCAGCCAGCAGGAUUUGGAGCAGCUGGAGAGGGACCGGGAGCGCGGCAUAUGGCAUUACAACAAUAUCAAGGACGAGGACUUGGAAGCCAAGAGGAGGAAGGAGGAGGAAAAGAAGAGGAAGCAUAAGGAGUGACCUAGCUGGCAGAGUACGGAUGUGCCGAAUAUGCACGAACUGGAACCGAUGGAGCAACGGCGUUUUUGAGUAAAGCUGCUUCCUCGAACUUGUUGUCAUGAAGCCUACAUAGGGGACUCGACCAUGAUGUGAUGGAGGCAGGUUUUUACCCCAUGAUACUGGUUUUAACCGAUGCCGCAAGGCGAGAAGAGAGCGAGAUAGAUUCCCUUUAAAGCCCGCGCCGGCGCUAAGCCACGUACGAUGUGGGCUCUAACGGGCAAUAAUGCCAUCCAUUGACA